AUGACUGGUGACCGACAAAAACCUUAGCUUCGGAUCAGACCUCAAAGCCAACCAAUUCUCUCUCUCUCUCUCUCUCUCUCUCUCUCUCUCUCUCUCCAUUUUCUUAACUCAACCCAAAAAUACAACAGCUCUACUCAACACACAAAAGUAAAGAAAAAGAGCCGUUUCUCUCUGUUUCCUUUCUGUCACACACACUCUCUCUAUAGCUUCUGGUUUCCUCUUCUUCUUCUUCUUCCUUUCUCUCUCUUUGUGAUAAUGUAAAUCGAGGAAAAGCUAAGGAGAAAAAUUUUGGCUUUAAAUUUGUGAAAAACACUCUAAAGUGUUGGAAGAAAUGCCUUCCCUGAGUUUUUUUACUGUGCUUCUCAUCCACAUUGGCUUGUUUGUGAGCUUUUCUUCUGCUGAGGAUCCAAAUAUUUUCUAUAACUUUGAGGUCUCAUAUAUUACUGCUUCUCCUCUCGGUGUCCCUCAACACGUAUGCUUCUUCUCUAGCUGCAUUCUCUCUUUCUCUAGAUUAUUUACUUUCUCUCACUACUUUAAGGUUAUUGCCAUUAAUGGCAAGUUCCCAGGUCCAACUAUUAAUGUGACAACUAACAACAAUGUCAUUGUUAAUGUUCGGAACAAAUUGGACGAGAAUCUCCUCAUGACCUGGGCCGGAAUUCAGCAACGGCAUAGUUCAUGGCAAGAUGGGGUUCUCGGAACCAACUGUCCAAUUCUGCCAAAGUGGAAUUGGACUUAUAAUUUUCAGGUUAAGGAUCAGGUUGGGAGCUUCUUUUACUUCCCGUCCCUUAAUAUGCAGAGAGCGUCUGGAGGAUUUGGCGGAUUUAUUAUUAAUAACCGGGCUAUAAUUCCAAUUCCUUUUGCAAACCCGGAUGGUGAUAUUACUAUCUUGAUUGGUGACUGGUACACAAAGAACCAUACGGCUUUGAGGAAGAUGCUUGAUGAGGGGAAAGACCUUGGGAUGCCCGAUGGCGUUCUUAUCAAUGGGAAAGGGCCUUACCAAUACAACACUACACUUGUUCCCGAUGGCAUUGAAUACGAAACACUUGAAGUACAUCCAGGGAAAACUUACCGUCUUCGCAUACACAAUGUUGGGAUCUCAACUACUCUAAAUUUCAGGAUCCAGAACCAUAAUCUGCUUCUAGCAGAGUCAGAGGGCUCAUAUACAGUGCAACAGAAUUAUACAAGCUUAGACAUACACGUUGGACAAUCUUAUUCUUUUCUAGUAACCAUGGAUCAGAAUGCAAGUUCUGAUUAUUACAUUGUAGCGAGUGCUAGAUUUGUCAAUGAGUCAAAUUGGAAAAGAGUUACUGGAGUUGGGAUCCUGCACUAUACUAAUUCCAAAGGAAAGGCAGCUGGCCCCCUUCCAGUGGGACCACAAGAUGAAUUUGAUAAAACAUACUCAAUGAACCAGGCAAGAUCUAUCAGAUGGAAUGUAUCAGCUAGUGGUGCACGUCCUAAUCCACAGGGGUCUUUCAGAUAUGGAUCAAUCAAUGUAACUGAUGUUUAUGUGUUGAAAAAUAAGCCACCUGUAAUGAUCAAUGGGAAACGGCAAGCAACACUCAGUGGAAUCUCAUUUAAAAAUCCUUCCACACCAAUCAGGCUAGCUGAUUGGUUCAAAGUGAAGAAUGCUUAUACGCUUGACUUCCCAACGAGGCCACUUACAGGGGCACCAAAACUGGAAACUUCUGUGAUCAAUGCAACAUUUAGAGGAUUUAUAGAAAUCAUACUGCAGAACAACGACACCAAAAUGCAGAGCUACCAUGUGGAUGGAUAUGCAUUCUUUGUUGUCGGGAUGGACUACGGUGAGUGGACAGAGAAUAGCAGGGGUACAUAUAAUAAAUGGGAUGGAAUAGCCCGGUCCACAGUACAGGUUUAUCCUGGGGCAUGGUCAGCCAUCUUGAUUUCUCUUGACAAUGUUGGAAUCUGGAACAUUAGAACUGAAAACCUUGACUCAUGGUAUCUUGGCCAAGAAACUUAUAUGCGGGUUGUCAAUCCGGAAGCGAAUAACAAAACUGAGCUGCCCAUACCAGACAAUUCUCUAUAUUGUGGUGCCCUCGACAAAUUGCAGAAGCCGCAAGAUAUCUCUUCUGCAACAUCAAUCACCGCCACUAGAUCAAAAAUUUUCUUCGUGUUGCUGAUGAUCAUCUACACUUUGGUUCCCUUUUUCCACUAAUGGUUUUGGUUUUCCGUGGCUGUGUCCCAGAUAUGUUUUCUUGGAGCAUGGUUUCUUAGUGAGAGAGGCUUGCGGUUGAGUGUUGUUUAGGUUUGUAAGAUUAGUCUUGUUGAUAAGAAUCUUCAGUAAGUUUGACUUGCUUUUCUCACUCUUUUUUUUGGGUACGCUGUCGAUGCACCACGGCUUCUUCGUUUAAUUUAUUGGGAUUAUGAUUUUUUUUUUUUUUUUUUGUGGUCAAGUAUUUAUGAUUCUUUUGUUACCUAUAACUUGUGUAAUGUUGACAAUGAACUCAUCAAUUCAAAUACAAUGCAACUUCCUACCUUAAUUCCUUUGA